CAGUGCUGCUUUGCUUUUUUCAAAAUUCAAAUAUUAUUGCUCACACACACGCGCAUUCAUGUUAUGCGUCUGGUAGUUCCCCUUUGAGCCAACAAUACGCAUACGCCAUGGGAGGCAGCUUUAUAAUAAAAACACGUUCAGUUUUGUUUAUCAGUUUAGUUUAGUUCCAACAGCUACAACGUUAUGGCGUCGUCUACAACUUUGAGCAUUAUUUUUAUGCUAAUUAGCUGCAGCCUGCUGCUGGUUGCUGCUGUGCCGCCUUUGAAUCCUCGCACUUGUCCUAAGCAUGAAGUGUAUUUAACUUGCGGCGGCAGUUGCCAGACCGAGUGCGCUACAUUGGGAGAUCCUUGCCUUAUACGUCACAUACGUUGCCCUGAUGGUUGCUACUGCAAGGAGAACUUUGCUCGCAAUGCUGCUGGAGCGUGUAUUCCCAUAUCGCAGUGCAAGAGACGUGGCGGCAGCAGUUAUUCCAAUUAAGAUUGCGCAUCCAUUGUCAAUUAAAGCAGAUUGAAUGCUGAUAAAAACAGCUGCUUAGUUUGCUUUUGUUUUUAUUUCAGCUGCCGAGUCAAUCAGAAAUGAAAACAAAGCUCAAUUAUAUUG